AUGAGCGUUCUUGAAGCUCCAAAUUAUUUGGGAAAAACAGGCACAGGAACAAUAUUUUCUAUUCAAACCAGCAGUGGAAAAGAUAUACGUGCACAUUCAUAUUUUGACAAUGAAGAUGAAAUUCUCCUUCCACCCGAAAAGCCCAACUUCUCCGAAUCAAAAACUAAAUCGCCAUACUCUAACAAGAAACUUGAUUGCAACGGACGUGCUUGUGUCGAAUGUGGCCACUGUCGCGAUUGGUACUGGCGUCCUAAUGGUGAUGACAAAGAUUAUACAAAGCGUGAUGAUGCAACUUGUACUUCUGAUGGUUAUGAUCGUGGUUUUCGUAUUCCUUUCCGUAAUGGUCGUUUUUGUUUUGAUGAUGAUGAUGAUGAUGAUGCUGAUGAUGAUGAUCGUCGUCGUAAUUAUUAUCAUUUUGUUUAUUCUAUUUCUUACAUUGGUGGUAUUGAUGUUAUUGAUAAUCGUCUAUGUCAAUGUGACGAUAAUCGCUCUUAA